UAUGAGCCCUGACCCCUGACUCCAUUUUCAAAAUUCUGAUUCCUUUUUUGAAAACUAGAGGGGAUAGCUCUGAAACAGCAAUCAAAGCACUCCUCUUUGGUCCCUCUUUUGUUUUUCAGUUCCUUCCUUCCCUCCACUUUCUGUCUCUUGCCUUUAUUUUCAAUUACCAACCUCCUCCUUCUUCAGCCCCCAAAUUUAUUGCUUUCUCUUAUCAUGCCACCUACAUUUCUCUGUGACCAUGCUUGAUCUUUUUCUUUGGCCACACACAAACCAUCUCAUUGCACCCUUUGGUUUCUCUGUCUGCCCCACCAACAAUUUCAUCCCCAAAGCCAUUCCUGAGCGUCAAAGUUUGCAGCUUUAACAAGCUACUGGACUCUUCUUCUUGUCUCCCUCAAUGGGUCAUCUUGUUCUGGUGAUGCAGAUUUGAAUGAAGGGCAUUUGGUGAAGGUGGUGAGGUAGCUAUGGUCGCUGAAGCUUGGAUUGUGAAGAUGGGUAACCAGGUAAGCGCCAAUCUCAAGCACGCUCUUCUUCUUGAACCUUCCGCAAGGAGAAAACACAACCCCAAAAGGCAAGAUAAUAGUACCAGCAGUAAAGAAGUAAUUGGGAUUCUUUCUUUCGAAGUAGCAAAUGUAAUGUCCAAAACCGUUCACCUCCACAGAUCCUUGUCGGAGCCCGAGAUCGUGAAGCUCAGGAACGAGAUCUCGAACUCACAGGGUGUCCAAAACCUUGUUUCCUCCGAAGAGGGUUAUCUCCUCGAGCUGGCUCGAGCAGAGAAGCUCGAGGAGCUGAACCGCGUUGCAAACGUGGUUUCUAGAUUGGGGAAGAAGUGUUCCUUGCCUGCUUUGCAAGGCUUUGAGCAUGUUUAUGGGGACAUUGUUAGUGGGGUCAUAGAUGUGAAGGAAUUGGGGUUCUUAGUUAAACACAUGGAAGGAAUGGUGAGGAAAAUGGAUAGGUAUGUUAGUGCUACCAGGAGUUUGCACAGUGAAAUGGGGGUUUUGAAUGAUUUGGAGCAAGCAGUGAAGAAGUUUCAGCAUGAGGAGAGCAGAAGGGCGUUUGAGCAGAAACUCACUUGGCAGAAGCAAGAUGUGAAGCAUCUAAAGGAGAUUUCGCUUUGGAAUCAGAACUUUGAUAAGGUUGUUGAGUUGUUGGCCAGGACAGUUUGUACCCUUUAUGCUAGAAUCUGUAUUAUCUUUGGUGAUUCUACAUGGAGAAAAAGUAAUAGUCUUGGGCUUAGUGGAGUUUCUCCAAGUCCAACAUUGCAAAAUGAGUGUGGGUUAGUGUCUGGCCAGAUUAAUGUUCCUAUGAGUUCUGAGAAGUUGAAAAACAUACAUUGCAAGAGAAAUAGGAGAACUGCUGUGGAGACAAGGGAAACUAUUAGUAAGCCUAUGAGGAGAGGUGAAUUGGCAUAUCUUCAACUCGAAGAUUUUGGUUUUCCUUGCGGAACAAGUCCGGGGAGACUUUUCAUGGAAUGUCUGAGUUUAAGCAGCUCGGUUGUGAAAUUAGACGAUGACGAUGAUGAUUAUGUUGUUGAUCGCGAGGACCUACACGGUCACAUAUCAAGCAGUCAUAGUAUUGAUGUUGGGAAUAAGGCCAAGAAAAGGGAUCACUUGUACAAUUCUGGUGGUCCAAAUCAUGUUCAAAGUGGUGUUCCUUUCACCGAAGAUCUAAGUUGCUCAACCUUUGGUCCCCAAAGUAGAUUAGCUGUUUAUGCUCCUCCUUCUACACUUGGAGGCUGUGCUCUAGCAUUGCACUAUGCCAAUGUCAUAAUCGUCAUGGAGAAACUCCUUAGGUAUCCACAUUUAGUUGGUGAGGAAGCUAGGAAUAAUCUAUAUCAGAUGCUACCAACGAGCUUAAGGUUGUCUCUGAAAGGCAAACUUAAGACCUAUAUCAAGAACUUGGCCAUAUAUGAUGCACCUCUUGCCCAUGACUGGAAGGUUACUCUUGAUGGGAUACUCAAGUGGCUUGCUCCACUUGCUCAUAACAUGAUCAGGUGGCAAAGUGAGAGGAAUUUUGAGCAGCACCAAAUUGUUAACAGGACAAAUGUGCUGCUAUUUCAGACAUUAUACUUUGCUGACAAGGACAGGACAGAGGAAGCUAUAUGCCAGCUUCUUAUGGGACUCAAUUACAUAUGCCGUUAUGAACAACAACAAAACGUGUUGUUGGGUUGUGCAAGUAGUUUUGAUUUUGAAGAUUGCAUGGAAUGGCAACUGCAAUGUGGAGCUUUUCCCAGUUGAAUAAAUUCUGAAUAUUGAAAUCCUCAAUGUGAUGAACAUUUCCUUAGUUUGUAUUUAGAAUGCCAUACAUCGACAUCAUUUUGAUGCGGCAUGGAUUUCUAAACUUUGUACAUUUAGGACUCUUGUUGAAGGCUUGAAAAGUAUAGUAAAAUUUAAUUGUAAUUCGAGGUAUAAAGUAUAUAAGCUGUCAUAUUUUUGACACAGGCAAAAGUGUUCAUACAGAA